AUGUCUUCCACUGCUAGUAAUCCCACAUUUUUAGUCUUCUUUAUUGGUGUCGUUACUCUUCUUUACUUUGUUGCCUGUAAAAUAUUCGGCCACGAUCCUCGCGAGCCGCCUCUGGCCCCACAGUCCAUCCCCGUUAUUGGUCACAUGCUUGGGCUGUCUCGGUCCAAAUUCAACUACUAUUAUGUCUUGAACAAUAUCGAGCUCAUCCAGACGGUACAGCGACAACACAAGAUUCUUGCCUUUCCGCCUAUUGAAGCGAAAUUCGCGUCCACGGUCUGUGGAGUAAGCCAUGGGGCCCAGGCCAUCUUGGCCAAAAACGUCAAUGGCGAUGAUGGUGAUUUUGGUCUUUCCAUGGAGUCAUAUGCUGCGAUGCGAGCCGCGGUCAAGCCUGGCCCUCAACUCGAUGAUAUGAAUCACACUAUGAUCCAAGAGACGGUGAACAUGCUGGAUUCUUUGCAACCAGCAAACGCCGAGUCAAAGAAAAUUGGCAUGUACGGCUGGCUGAGGGAUGCUAUUACGACAGCAACUACGAGGUCUGUCUACGGUCCAAUGAGCCCAUAUGACGAUAAGGCUGUUGCCGAUGCUUUCUGGGAAUUCGAAAGCGGCCUGGUGUCAAUUCUUGUCGGCAUCCUUCCUUCAAUCACGGCUAGGAAAGCUAUAGCUGCUCGGGCUAAGGUUGCGAAAGCCUUUGAAGAAUACUACAAGGCUGGUGGCGUUAAGAAAGCAUCGGCCUACGCACGUUUGCGAUAUCAAACCUCGAUCGACAACAACCUUUCAUUAGAAGACAUCGCCCGCUUCGAGGUUGGAGGCUCGAUGCCUGUUCUAGUCAACACUACACCUGCAGCUUUCUGGACCUUGCUUUUCUUCUUUUCUCACCCUGGCCUUCUGGCCGAGAUCAGGCAGGAAAUCGAUGCCUGUACCAAGACAACAAACAACAAGGACGGAACUAUAGUCAAAUCCAUUGACAUAACGGCCCUGAAGGAGGCCUGCCCUCUGAUGUUAUCCUCUUACCAGGAGGUUCUUCGGUACACUUCGAUGGGCACAUCUGUGCGCGAGGUCAUGGAGGAUACCUACCUUGACCGAUGGCUGCUGAAGAAGGGCGCUAUGUUGCAGAUGCCGAGCCGCGUUAUCCACCAGGAUGCCAGUCUCUGGGGAAAAGACGUUGCUGAAUUUGACCCACGUCGAUUUUUGUCCGGGAGAAAGGACCGACCCCGCAACGAAUACUUCCGCGCAUUUGGUGGCGGCAAGACUCUCUGUCCUGGUCGACACUUCGCUACCAAUGAGGUCCUUUCUGUUGCCGCGGUCUUUGUUGCCAGGUUGGACAUGAAGCCCGUGGGGGGGGAGUGGAAGCACCCAACUACGAGAAACACUAAUGUGGCUGCGGCCAUCAUGGAGCCUGAUCAUGAUAUUGAGGUUGAGAUCACGACGAGAGAGGGUUUCGAGGGCGUCAAGUGGGAAAUUGGGCUUCGUAGUUCGGACAGAAUCUUUGCCUUGGUCUCGGAGGACAGUGCGCAAUCGUAG